AUAAAGGCCAAGAGGAUGCGGAAGUGACGUCAUCGUUCAGCCUAACACGGAAACGGUCCACGGCAAUAAAACAGAAGGACAAAUUAAUUAUUUGUACGUAGUGUACUUAUUCUGUGUUACUACAAUUUUUCCAGAAGACCCGCGAUAUUAGACACGUGAAUAAAAAGGUAUUGGAACGGCCUCGGCUAACCAAGGCUACAGAGCCAACGUUAGCUUACGCUGCUGGUAAAAGUUAAAGUAGCCCGUCUACGGUAGCGCGCGCACAGGAUUUGACAGAUUCCAGUAUGGCCUGCACCUUGGAAAAAGUGUUGGGCGAUGCCCGGACCCUCCUCGAGAGGCUGAAAGAGCACGACCUGGCCGCGGAGGGACUGAUAGAGCAGUCCGGGGCUCUCAGUCAGAGAGUGCAGGGCAUGAAAGAGGUGGGAAAUGCCCUCCCAGAUAAGCACACAGAAGAAACUUCAGAAAUUCAGGAGCUGCUAAAAUACAAGCCCCAUGUGCUUCUGGCACAGGAAAACACUCAAAUCAAGGAUCUACAGCAGGAGAAUAAAGAACUGUGGUUAUCUCUGGAAGAACACCAGUAUGCCCUAGAGUUGAUCAUGGGGCGAUACCGCAAGCAGAUGCUGCAGCUGAUGAUGGCCAAGAAGGAGCUGGACACCAAACCCGUGCUCAACCUUCACGAGAACCACGCCAAAGAGGUGCAGAGCCAGGUGGAGCGGAUAUGUGAGAUGGGCCAGGUGAUGAGAAGAGCAGUGCAGGUGGACGACCAGCACUACUGCUCUGUCGCAGAGAGGCUCGCCCAGCUCGAGAUUGAGAAUAAAGAGCUGCGAGACCUCCUGGCCAUCAGCAAGAGCUCCGUGAAGGCAGCGAGAGAAGGAACCAGCCAGGCGACAGCAGCGCAGGAACCGCCCCCUCAGCCGGGGCCUUAUGAGUGACAUUAACCGCCUGUGUGGGAACUGUGGUCAGGGCAACGAGUCGUUCCGAUUUAAUGAUCUCUUGAUGAUCUACCGCAUUGACCGCAUUCUUAUUUUUGACAUUGAGUGAAAUACAGUCAAAUCACAGCACAUUGUUUUUUGUAGCAAAGGCCACUUGAAUACACCAUUGAGGUUGUCCGAUGCAUUUACCAGCAGGUGUAUCUGGAUGAACGCUAUUGAGCAAAGACAAGUUUUCUGUCUGAGGACACAUUUUCUACCUCUUUCGUGCCCCUUUGAUGUUAACACACACUCACAACACGUUACAUACUCAUAACCACAACUACUAUGAGUUCACUUGAAGGCCAUUGAGAAGCCGACUUGUAGUCUGCAACAUUCUAAGAGGCCGUGCUUGUUAAUAAGUCUGUCAACCAGAUGACUUUUGGGCUGUUUCACACCGUUUUCCUGCUGAGGAGUGACCUUUGAGUGAUCGUUUGUACCUGGUUGUCUCUCAUGUGAUGAAUUUGAUACUUUUGUCAGUCUGUUUUGUAAAAUUCACAUACAAGGUCUCCCAGCUGAUAGCACAUCUUUAUUUAAAGGUAACACUUUUAAAAAAUGCCAAGUUUUUGUGUAACUGUUUUCAAAUUGUAUGUGUCAGAUAUUAUAUAUUGUCAUCUCAGGAAAUCUGUGUUAAUUAGGGGGAACAUGCUGUAGUGACUUCACGGCUAUUUACUGAUCUGUGUCAAAAGAAACUUUCAAAUACAUUUGCAAUAAAAAUGUUUGU